UAUUACAAGAUUUACAAGUUAUACAAAGCAAAAUAAUGUCUGAGAUGGAGCGAAAACGCCUAAUAGCCAUCAGAGGACAGUGCAAGGCUUCAUUCACACGUAUUGAAACCUAUAUUUCCAAGGACCCGCCAACAUUUACGAUUGAGGACCUGGAGGUUCGUAAACGGAUAUUGGUGGAGAACUACAAUACUUUCAAGGAUACAGCAUUAAACCUCAUCCUGUUGGGCGAAACAGCCACUGAAGAAGAAGAGAUUGAGGAUAGAUUCCUAGCGAUUUCCGCGUCACUGGAUCGCUAUAUAAAGAGUCAGCACCCUUCUGCUUCCGGAGAUCACCCAACACAGUCAUACAGUGCGAGGAUGCCUUCAUUGGACAUACCAAUAUUCGAUGGAAAAAACAUAUCCGGUUACAAGCCAUUCAUUGAAAUGUUUACAGCAGUUGUCCAUAAUGAUCAUAGAAUCUCUAACAUUGAGAGGUUAUGUUUCCUGAAGAAGUACUUGAGGGGAGAGCCAUUACAAUUAAUCGACAGUUUGCCUAUUGUUGUUCACACAACAGUCUAAUACACUUUGUUGAAGAGAUGCCCACGUCUGCACCGAGAGGAAAUGAUGGUGAGCAACCACAACAGGUGAGUCUGCAUGUUUCACAACCCAUUGCUGACAGUGUCCUGUUACCUACUGCAAAGGUUUUAGUUACUGGGAGCGAUAAUAAAAAGUAUGUUGUGAGAGCACUUUUAGACUGCGGAAGCACAACUUCAUUCUGCACCACAGCUUUGGCAAAGCAGCUAGGGUUGCCUAUGACAGAUUCAGCUAAAAACAUUUGUACAUUAGGAGACAAUUACAAUAAUACAACCAACAAGGUAAUACAUUUAUCCAUUGAGUCAUUAGCAAAUGAUUACAAAUUAGAUAUUACUUGCUCAGUAAUAAAUAAAAUUACAUCGAAGCUUCCACAAAGGCAAAUUGACUUGAGUAGUUUCAUAAUUCCAAAACAUGUUCAAUUGGCAGAUACAGAAUUUCACAUUCCAGGUGAAAUAUCAAUGCUCCUCUCUAGCGAUGUUUUCUUCAAAAUUAUGUUGGAUGGAAAGAUUGAAGGAGGGCCAGCAGACCCAAUACUGUUGAACACUAAGCUUGGUUACAUUGUCUCAUCCACAGGGUGUUCAAAUGCCAGCUCCAUCACUAUGCAUACAUUCCAGAGUCCUGAUCUUGAUCAUUGUGUCAGUAAAUUUUGGGAGGCAGAAAAGGUACCGGAUAUCUAUCACGAGUCUCUGCCUGAACAUGAAUACAGCGAAAAGGUAUUUCAAGAAUCAGUUACUUUACAAGAUAAUACAUUUGAGGUCAAAUAUCCGCUCAAGCUUGAAUUGCAGGACGUUGACCCCUCUAAUUCAUAUGCAAUCGCUUUGCAAAGAUUAUACAAUUUGGAAAAAAGAUUUCAAAAGGAUCCAGAAUAUUACAAUUUAUACAAAAACUUUAUACAUGAGUAUCUUGAGCUGGGUCAUGCCAAGAUACUUGAUAUUUCAAACUGUGAUCCCAAAGAUGAGCCACGAUUUUUCUUACCACACCACGGUGUUCUACGGCCUGACAAACAGUCAAAUAAGGUCCGUGCAGUCUUCGAUGGUUCUUGUAAACCUAAAAGUGGCAUAAGUCUAAAUGAUUUAUUAUGCAAUGGACCUGUUGUACAGCGUUCCUUAUUCGAUAUAAUCCUAUUAUUUCGAACAUAUAAAUAUACAAUCCAAUGUGACAUUCGUCAUAUGUACAGACAAAUACAAAUUCACCCGGAUCUAAGGUGUUUACAAAAUAUACUAUGGAGAGAGGGAGGCAUAAUGAACGUCCUGCAAUUGCAGACUGUGACCUACGGUUUAACUAGUUCUGCCUUUCUAGCCACUAGAUGUCUCAUAGAAUUAGCGAGACUAUAUAAAAAUGAUUACCCGUUAGCGAGUGCUGCAAUUAUAAAUAAUUCAUAUGUCGAUGACAUACAAACAGGCUGUGACACAAUUGAUCAAGCUUCACAACUCAAGAAGGAGCUUAUCUCUAUAAUGAAACAUGCAAAUUUCAACCUCCAUAAAUGGGUCUCUAACACCCCCGAGUUGCUUAACGAUAUUCCUCAAACUCAAAUUGGUUCAUCAUGCAGGGAUUUAGAUAGGGACACAUCUGUAGCAAAAAUUCUAGGCAUUUUAUACGAUGCGCAAGAUGAUGCAUUCAAGCUUAGUGGUCGAGUAUUAACCCCCCCCAAAACUGUUACAAAAAGAAGUGUGCUAAGUUCAGUUAGUAGAUUGUUUGAUCCCAUGGGAUUAGUUGGUCCAGUUACAAUGAAGGCAAAGUUAUUUGUACAAGAGCUUUGGCAGCACAAAAACACACUAGACUGGGACACCCCCCUCCCAGCUGAGUUGCAUAUUAUUUGGGAUAAGCUUUAUACUAAUCUAGUAGGUAUGCCAGAACUAACAAUUCCACGCUAUGUACAAACUGCUGGUGCUGAUGAAGUUGAGCUGAUUGGCUACUGUGAUGCUUCAGCACAAGGAUAUGGGUGUUGCUUAUACAUUAAGGUGAAACAUGGCAGCCAGUACUCUGUUCAUCUCCUUUCCUCUCGGUCCAGAUUGAAUAGUGCUAAUUCAAAACUGACUAUACCUAAGUUAGAACUUAAUGGUUCUUUAUUGCUAUCCAAGCUUGCAUUUCAUGUGUCAUCGCUUUUAAACAUAAAAAAUGUACACCUCUUUUGUGAUUCAAAGAUUGUACUCGGCUGGUUAGAUACAUCACCUGUCAAGGUUCCUGCUUACAUAGGCAACCGUGUCCAAGAAAUUAAAAAGCAUACUGUGGGCAUGUCCUGGCACUUUACACCUGGCUUGCUUAAUCCGGCAGACAUUCUAUCCAGAGGUGCAGACCCACUGGACCUCGUAAAUAAUACACUGUGGAAGCAAGGACCUGACUAUUUAGAAGGUAACAAUUAUAACUUUCAUUUAGCUCACAUUGAAGAGCCAAUUCAAUGUACAGAAAGUAUUGACACUGUAUGUGUUACCAAUGUCGAGGAUAAAGUUAUACAUCCAUUGUUUGAAAAAUAUUCAACUUUGUACAAAACCAUUCGUAUUAUGGUUUAUGUCUUAAAAUUUAUUAAGAUAUGUAAGAAAAAGACUGUUAACCUAGGUCAAAUAUCAGUUGGUGAUUUCAGAGAGGCGUUGAAUUCUAUCAUUAAAGGAAUUCAGCUUCACUAUUUUGGUGAAGAGUUAAAAUGUAUUACAAAAAAAAAGGAAAUCAAGGGCUCUCUUAAGUCAUUACAUCCAUUUGUUGAUGAGAACGGUGUUCUCCGUGUUGGUGGAAGGUUACAUCAUGCCAAUAUAAAUUAUUCAAAGAAAUUUCCUAUAAUAUUGCCAAAAUAUUGUCAUAUAACAAAACUUAUCAUAAGACAAGAGCACUUGGCUCUCAUGCAUGGUGGUUUAAAACUUACCUUAAGUAGCCUUCAGCAGAGAUAUUAUAUUAUUAAUUCUGUAAGAGAAUGUAAAAGUGUAAUACACAAGUGUGUAGUUUGUUGUAGACACAAAGCUGAAGCUUCAAAACAAUUGAUGGGCAGCUUGCCUAAGGACCGUGUGAAUCCUGCCCGGGUCUUUGAACGGGUUGGCAUGGACUAUUGUGGUCCAUUUGACAUAAAACAAUCAUCAAAGCGUAGCAGCACUGUAAGCAAAGGUUAUGUAGCCUUAUUUGUUUGCUUUGCCUCCAAAGCUGUGCAUAUAGAAGUUGUAUCUGAUAUGUCAAGCGAGACAUUCCUGGCAGCAUUCAAGCGUUUUGUGAAUCGUAGAGGCAUUCCAACUGAUGUCUUCUGUGACAAUUCUACCACCUACAAAGGUAGUAACAAUCAACUAAAAGAGUUAUACAAGUUGCAUAGUAGUAAGGAUUUUCAGGAAUCUAUUCAUAACUAUUCACUACAAAAAGAAAUUAAAUUUCAUUUUAUUCCUGCUUAUAGCCCGAACCAUGGUGGCUUGUGGGAGGCCUCUGUAAAGUCGCUUAAAUAUCAUCUCAAAAGAAUUUCCACUUUUAAGAUAUUCACCUAUGAACAAUUUAAUACAAUUAUGAUUGAAAUAGAAGGGAUAUUAAAUUCUCGCCCUCUGCUUUCUAUAACUUCACAGGAUUGUUCAGAUUUCUCUUAUUUAACUCCUGGCCAUUUCAUUAUAGGUUGCCCUUUAACAGCUAUACCUCAACCUGAUCUAACCGAUAUACCAACAAACAGGCUUAGAUUCUGGAGAUGUUGUGAACAAGUAAGACAAAACUUUUGGAAGGUAUGGUCUAGAGACUAUUUAUCAUCACUCAAUGAAAGGACAAAAUGGAAAAAGGAAUUACCUAAUCUCAUUGAAGGUAAUAUAGUUCUAUUAAUAGAUGCUAAUACACCACCCCUUCAUUGGCCCAUGGGCAGGAUCACAAAGGUUUUCCAUGGUGAUGACAAUAAAGUUAGGGUGGUAGAAGUUCAAACAUCAAACGGCAAACUUCACACUCGUGCUGUAUCUAAAAUAGUAGUUUUGCCUGUAGAAUAAUAAUUUUAUAUUUGUAUU